AUGUCACUCCCCAGUAAGGAAGAAAUCGACCAGCUCGUCACCAGCCUCAACCAGGCUGCCGGUGCCUACUCCGAUGGCGCCGACCUCGAUGGCUACCUGUCCCGCGUCCAGAUCAUUGCCAAGGCAAGAGAGCUCACCCGCGCCCUCAUCACCCCGGACCAGAUGCCCAACUAUCAUGGCCUCAAUAUCGCCGAACUGAUCGCCAUUCGCGCCUUCAUGAGACUCAAAGUCCUCGAUGCUAUUCCCACCACCGGCUCAAUAUCCCUCGGUGAUCUCUCAAAGGCUACUGGCGUUCAGGAGUCACUUUUGGAACGUAUGGGCCGUGUCCUUGUGGCUGCCGGCUUUCUCGACCAGACCGAACCAGAUGGCGGCGAGUACAAGCACACCAAAUUCUCACUCGCCUACAUCUUGGACAAACCCGCUCCGGGUCACUUGUUCCUAGCCAUGUACGACGAAUGGUUCAAGCACAUGCACGACUUCGACGACUACCUCAUCGCCAAGGGGGAGUACAAGGAACCCGACGACCCCCUGCACAACCCCUACACGGCCUACUACAAGCAGGAGGGCACCCCCGUCUGGGCCAUCAUGAUGCAGCACCCCGAGAGGCUCAAGACCUUCCAGACCGGCAUGACCGGCCUCGAUGUCGCCAUCCCCGUCGUCGGCCACUUCGAUUUCAGCACCCUCGCCAACACCCCCGAAGAAAACGAUCGGGGCGUGGUCGAACUGAUCGACGUCGGUGGGGGGGAGGGCGUGGUCCUGAAUAAGAUUCUCGAUGCGCAUCCCGAGCUUUCGCCUAAGAAUUGCAUGCUUCAGGAGAGGGGGGAGGCGAUCCGGCUUGCGAAGGACCACGGGACGCUUCCGCCGGAGGUUCGGCUUUUGGAGCAUGAUUUUAUGACUCCACAGCCUGUGAAAGGAGCCAAGGCCUAUUUCAUGCGCAUGAUCCUCCACGACUACGCCGACGACGUGGGCAUCCAGAUCCUCACCCAACUGGCGCAGUCCAUGUCGCCGCAAUCGAGGGUCCUCGUCUGCGAAAUGGUCCUGUCGCCGCGCGUCGGGGAGGUCGAUUUCGCUUCCGCCGUGCUCGACCAGGCCGUCAUGACCAUGGGUGGCAAAGAGCGGACGGAAGCCGGGUUCCGGAAGAUGUUUGAGGCGGCGGGGCUGGAGCUCGUCGCCGUGUGGCGCGUGCCUGGCGUUCCUGGCGGGUGUGUCGAGGGGAGACUGAAGAGUGCAUGA